AUGCCUGUGUUCCAAGGUGUACUCUCUAUGGCGUCUGGCCAAACAUCACACGGGCUUGCAAGACGGCCUGCUGGGGGGGGGGUGCGCGAGCGAGUUUCGCUUUCAGAGGCAUGUACAUAUGCCCGUCACACAAGAACCAACUGGCGGUGCCGCCAGCCGCGUCUAGAGGCUAGAUCAGACAGCUCUUCUGCUGUCUGCAAAGCGUGCUGGUGGUGGUGGUGGUGGUGGUGGUGGUGUGUGCAGUGUCGUUCGAAGUCAGAAACUCAGCAACAGUGGAGGCAGAGAAAAAUGGACCCGGUCGCUAACCCGCAUGAGUUAAAUCAACUACACCGUGCUGUUCUUGUUGGUUCUGCAGAGCUUACUCAAGCUGUCCUGGCGGGGGGAACUGUUGAAAUCGAUCAACGUAAUUCGUACGGCGCCACUCCACUCAUGAUGGCCGUUCACAACGGUCAUUCGCGUAUUGCGAAGAUGCUGAUCAAGAAGGGGGCCAACGUGUCAAUAGCGGAUAAACGAGGCUUCACUGCUCUGCACUUUUGUUGUGCCCGAGAAGAAGACGACGCCAUUGUCAAAUUAUUGGCCAAGGCUGGUGCCGACCUCGACGCCAUCAUACCUGGUGAAGGCUCCGCACCGCUUCAUCGGGCUACACACCAUGAAAACUCCAAGGUGGUGAGAGCGUUGAUCGAAGCAGGCGCGAAUCCCGACUGUCAGCUGCCAGACGGAUCGACAGCGCUGCACAUCGCGGCUGAAGAGGGACAAGUGGCCGUGAUGAGGGAGCUGCUUCGUGGAAACGCGAACCCGUUAUUGAUUCAAACAUCCCCGCCAGGAAACACUACGACGGUCCCACUGGACUUAGCUGCCAAACACGGGCACACCGACGUAGUGCGCGAGCUGAUUCAGGAGCUUGGGAUUGAAGGUUGUGAUGCAACAAGCGCCGGUGCACACGCUCUCGCCUUUGCGGCGUCGAACCAGCACCUGGACAUCAUGGCCAUCCUAACCGAAGCCGGCGUGGUCGACACGGGAAAGGCUCUCUAUCUUGCCGCCGGGAUGGGCCAUGAGGCAUCCGUCAAGUUUCUCUUGCGACAUCGGCACAAGGAAGGUGGAUGUGGCGUUGAAGGUGCGUACCUCAAUGCCCGCGACGUUAACGGCUACACGCCCCUGGUUGUCUGUACUCAGGGGUGCUUCUCGCAAGCUCCCAGGAUCGUGCGGAUGCUCGUUGACGCUGGAGCAGAUACGACAUCGCCUGUUCAAGUCAUGAACUUGAAGGGAGGGGUGGUAUUCAACGACACGCCUCUGGCUUUCACAAAGUUACGCCUCCGUAAGAAGAUUGUAGCAGAUGGCAAACCCGCUACCAAGGAGCACCUGCAAAGGCUGGAGGCCAUCUGCCGCUUGCUGCUGCGAGUUGAUGCAGUCCACGCCGUGUCCUGGCUGUGGCCAAGCGGAGCUCCCUUCAUCGGUCGUGCGACAGAGACUGACCCCGAGCCGCCCUUGCCAGCACUGAAGCUGAUGUUGCCGAUCCUGAAGCGACGGACAAAGAGACGUUGUGGGCUUGUGGCGACACUCUUGAGGUAUUCCGUGAAGACUUGACCGGCACGAACCAGCAGGGGGGGUGAAAUCGUGGUGUUUGUCACCCUCUCUCUUCCGCGUGAGGGAUUAUGCUGGUUUCUGCUGUUGGCUUUCUAGGAUAUCCGGCGGGGGUUCGUCUCGCACAGCUGAUCUGUCGAAUCUGUCGAAUGAAUAAAGGGAACCUUUGACAUGAAAACGUCUGGCCGAUGUGAACAACAGUUUUCUUUCUCGGAAAUUUGCGUGUUGGUAUGUACCUAAUAGGAAGAUUUGCUGAGCGACAUCGUGCAACAGGGACAAUGCCAAGCAACGGGGAGCUCUCAUCCCUGCUGUCCUGCUCUUCGGCUUGUGGAUAGGUUUUAUCCAGCUGUUGUACCAACGCUGAUUCUUGUGGUUGGGGCAACCCGUCAGCAUCCUUUCCAAGGCCAGUAGCUUGAGGGCCACUCCGCUCAGCUAAUGGCGUAUGUCCACCCCGGCCAUGAUCACCCUAUGCAGAGAGAGGGGCGGGGCGUGGCAAACGUUCAGUGGUGGUGUCAGUGGCGGUGGCGGUGGGGGUCGUCUGCCAUGCCUUGAUUUGUCUGGAAUUCCCUCACCGUUGUCGCCAAACGAAUUUGGUACGACGUGUUGACUACAAUACAUGCCGAUGCUAGGUCC